AUGCAACGUGCCGCCAACAUCACCCAGCGCCAGGCGACCAGGGCGCUGAUGCCCGCCCAGCGCACCCUGUUGGCGCGACCAUACGCCAUUCUAGGGGGGCAACUCAACAAGGAGUAUGAGGCUAGCCAGAGAGAGGAGAAGAGCAAUCAGCAGCAGCAGCAGCAACAAGAGCUGGAGGGCGCGGAGGGCGUGCUGCCGGAUGACGCGGCGGGGCCGGAGGUCAUCGAGGACUGGAAGGCCAUGCACGAGCCCGUGUCGGGCAAGGGGCGGCUUCACCCCGGCAUCGUCCAGCCCGAGGAUCUGGUGAAGAAAGACCCGAAGAUGCACGAACUGCCCAUUUUCUGA